UGUCAGUCGGUUCAGCCGCUGCACUUGCGUUCCUCUCGGCCGGGUUUCACUUCAGACAUGGCUGCGAAAGUGUGUAGAUCGGUCCUUCUCCUGUACCGGAGCAGUGGAGCCGUAACCUCUUCUGCCUUUCCCGCAUUCGGGCUCUCCUCACAGCGACAUCAUCCGCGUACAAGAACGGAUCCGCUAUCCAUUCCCCUCGGAAGUCACCAGACUCUCAGGAGAGCACAUGGCCUGAGAACAGGUGCCAGUUCUGCUCUCUUCAGCCACCCCAGUGCCACUUUGCCAGCCCAGGGCUGGAAGGGCUCCCCCUCAUGGCAGGGUCAAAGACUACUGCGUUCAGCUGCUGUUACAGAAGAUGUUACAGUGGUGUAUCAGAAUGGUUUGCCGGUGAUCUCUGUACGUCUGCCGUCCCGACGAGACCGCUGCCAGUUCACCCUCAAACCCUUGAGUGACACAGUGGGAGUUUUUCUUCAACAGCUGCAGGCAGAAGACAGAGGUAUCGAUAGAGUUGCCAUCUACUCUACAGAUGAAGCAAGGAUAGCGUCCUCUACGGGGGUGGAUAUUUUACUUUUGGACAACUUUAAGCUAGUCAUUAACGAUACAACAUAUCUGGUGCAGCCGCCCAGGAGAGAUCUGCUGCCACAUGAGGAAGCAGAGCGACUGAAUGAUGUGAAGCUCUUAGUGCAGCAGCUCUACACCACACUGCGUAUAGAUGAGCAUCAGCUCGGCAAAGAGAGAGAGCUGAUUGGACAACUGGAGGACCUCAACUCUCAGCUCCGCCCUCUGGAGAAGGUGAAAGAAGAGCUGUGUAAGAGAGCCGAACGCAGGACUACUUGGGUGCUGUGGGGUGGGAUGGCUUACAUGGCCACGCAGUUUGGCAUUCUGGCUCGGCUGACCUGGUGGGAGUACUCAUGGGAUAUUAUGGAGCCUGUCACGUAUUUCAUCACCUAUGGCACAGCCAUGGCCAUGUAUGCUUACUUUGUGCUGACACGUCAGGAAUAUAUUUACCCAGAUGCCAGGGACAGACAGUACCUGCUGUUCUUUCAUAAGGGGGCGAAGAGAACACGCUUUGACAUUGAGAAGUACAACAAACUGAAAGAUGCGAUUGCUGAGACGGAGGUGGAUCUAAAGCGUCUUCGAGACCCGCUCCAGUUGAACCUCCCCAUCCAGCAAAUCGAUGCCAGCAAGGACUGAUGACAACAUUAAGACCCUUCCUCAACGCGCCCUUAUUUCAUUCUUAAUUUCAUGCCUCUCUUUCUUUUCAUAUUUUUCAGCCUCCUGAAAAACCAUUUCCACCUCCUGACCAUAUCCACAGCAAGUUUCUGAGUUGUUGUUUUUUUUAGCAUUAUUUGUAUUGUUUUCAUUGAUUUCCAGCAAAUUUGGCUCAUCGAUGCAGGGGAAAAGGGAAUACAGUUAAACAAAAGGAAACAACUACACCCCUAAACGGAUGGCUAUGAGUUGUUGCCUAUCAAAGCGCUUUGAUAACUACUGGACCACAGAGGAAAAACGCAGCUAUUUACAGGAAGUCCCUGCUUUCAGACAGGAAGUUGGGACAUUGGGAUUCAAACAGUACAUUGCAUGGAUCUGUGCAUAAAGACAGAUUCUGAGGGAUAAAAACCAUCUGCCCUUGGGUUAACAGUUUUUCCACAUUGGAGUACUGAUUUUCCUAACUCUGACACAUUGCAGAAGAGAUGUUUGGGUGUUGCUGUUUUCCAUCUUAGAAAAGAUGUGUUUACCAUCGAACCAGUUCUCAUGUGGCUGCAACGCUGCAUCUGCACCUGUACCUGUUCCUAACAGCCUAAGCUCCGCCCUCAAGAAUUCCUUUCUUGCUUCCUGUAUGGACCUGUUGAAAGCUGAAGACAAAUCUAACAGCUAAAAUAUCACUGUGUGUUCUAUUAUUCCAAAAAGAAAAAGAAAUGUUGGCACUUUUUAUUUUAAAAGCCAUAUUAUGUUUAUUAUUAUAAUGGGAAAAAAGAGAAUUUAGAGUAGAAACUUUUUCUUCUCAUUGUUAGAGGACAUUUUGUUUAUUUUUACCAUGCCACUGGGCAUUACAUAUCUCCAAAUGACCUGUCCUUUUUUUAAAUAGAGCUGUCAUGUUUGAAGUCCUACAAACCCAUCAUGUUAUUAAUGGUAACACUUUACAAUAUCAUUUCUUUUGUUAAGGGUUUAUAACAGGGGUUAUUAAUGAUUAAUAAAUUACAUAUAAAUCAUUUAUAUGCAGUUAUAACAACAUGAAUAAAAAGGUCUUCCAACACUUGCCAAAUAGUGGGCAUUUUAAUUUGCAUAUUAUAAAUGCUUAAUAAAUGCACUUAUUCAUACUGAAAUUAAUCAAAAGCAUAAAAUGCCCUUAUUCAUGAUUUAUGAUACGAUGCAGCAAAAAUCGACUAUUUUAGUGAGAUUUAAAGGAGGAAUCCUGCCAUUUUUCUUUGUUUACAUUCAUUCCUGUGAUAUCUUGACUCACUUGUGUUGUUACUUUCCCUGGCACGUUGAUAUCUAAAGAAUGGUGCUAGCCCGAGUGCUGUCCCAAUUUAACUAAAGUCCUCUGCAUACUUUAUAUAUGUCCACUUUACAUUAAGUUACAUUUUAAUUGGUUGUUGUUGUUGAAUAAGUGUUAAUAAGCAUUUAUAACAAGUGUGAAAAAUUGUCUUACUAUUUGGCAGGUAUUACAUGAAAAUCACCCUCUUUAAGCAUUUUGUUAUAACUGCAUAUCAAUGAUUUAUAAUGCAUUUGUAAAUGACUUAUUAGUUAUUAAUGAACCCCUUUAUAAAGCCUUAACACAGGGAACAUUAAUGUAAAUUCCAGAGGGAUUCCUGAGGUGAAUUACCUUUCUGGGAUGACUUUUAACAAAUUGAGAUCUUGACUGAACGGCUCUAUUCCCAUAAAAAAAAACGAAGCUCAGAUUGUCAACCCCUACCACUCUGUGCAUUUGUUAAUGAUUUUUAAUACUUUAUUGGUAUGAUGCUUGGGUACAACAGUUUCCCGCCAUUUACAUUGUGAUGAGGAAUCCACAUGGAUGCUUUCAAAUGUGCAAAGAUUUGUUUUGAGCUAUUUUCAUUGGUUCUUUUCAAAGGUUUCUUCUAUCUCUCAGCUAAUAUUUCUUUCAAACAACAUGAAAUGACAUUUUCACACAGUGCCUCACAGCAUCCGCUGCAGUGUGCUUGUUUGGGCUCUGAUUUUCUUCUAAACACACACGUUAAUCAAAUAAAAUCCAAGGAACUGACCCAUCGAACCAUCUAAAAGGGAUAAUUUACUCAAAAAUUGAAAUUCUUCAACUUUUCUUGCUGCCAUGUUGAUGCAAACCCUUAUGAUUUUAUCUCUUCUGUCAAACACAACAGAUGUGUUUUUGAAGAAUAUUCUGGUCUCUUUUUGUGGAGACUGAGGCUGCCAAGCUCCAAAAUGACAAUAAAGCUCCAUUUAAGUAUCAUAAAAGUAGUCCAUACUAGUCAUACUCUAUAUUCCAAGUCUUAUGAAGUCACACAGUAGCUUUUUUUUAUUUUUUUGCUUUGCCAUUUUGGACCUUGACAGACCCAGUCUCCAGUUGCCUUUAUUAAAUGGAAAGAAGCAGCCGGGAUGUUCUUUAGAAAAGAGAAAAUCGUACAGAUUUGGAAUGAAGUGUGGGAGUAAACAAAGACAAAAUGGUAAACUAUUCCUUUCAGCCAGGUCACGGUGUAAAAUGUGAUCUAUUUUUCUUUGUAACAUUUUGGACAUAACAAGUUCUCGUAACUCAUGUGGCGUUUUUAGCUACAUAUAUCUGCCUCGAUAUGCCAAGAGUCUUACCAUACAUGCAGAGAACGUGUAAUAUACUAGAUCCUAGACUUAGUGUGUGUUUUGCACACUUUGUGGCAUGCUAUAAAGAGAGAUUGUUGCAUCCUUUGUCUAUAUGUGGUAUCUUUAGCAGACAGGCCUUAGCCAUGGUUUGGCUGAUCUUAAUCAUUUCUUUCAUCAGUUUUGUCUCACAACUUCAGUUGUAAAUAUUACAGAGUGAGACUCCAGCCUACAGCUCUGAAGGAACAGAUGACCCAAAAAUGCAAACUUUGUCAUUAUUUAUUCACCCUCAUGUCUUUUCAAACCUGUAUGCCAUUUUAACACAAACAAAUGCUGCUCUUUCCCAUACAAUGACAAAAAUUGUCCAUACUAGUCAUACUCUAUAUUCCAAGUCUCCUGAAGUCAUAAGAGAGCUUUGUGUGAGCAGCAGAUUUAAAUGGAAGUCACUGUAUCUUUUCCAGUGCGCUCAAAUCUCAUUCGUGCUUGUGUUUGACGCCAUUGAUUUUUGUGUUGCAUGUGACUGAUUAAGACACGGCAGUUUUGAUUAUGCGCACAAAACAUUUAUAAAUACAUUUGUAUUAAAUGAGAUUUGAGAGCUACAGCAGAGGGGAAGAUGAUUGGUGAAUAACUGCUUAAAUUUAAGUCUGUUGCUCACACAAAGCACUCGUAUGGAUCCAGAAGACUCGGAAUAUAGUGCACGUGAUACGAUGAUACGUUUAUGGUGCUUUUUUGCCUUUUUUGCUUUUUUUGAGCGUGACCGUUUAAAUCACCAUCCACUUUCAUCAAUGCGAGAAAAAAAAAUAUCUUGAUUUUUCAUGUUUUCCAGUAAAAAUAUCUAAGAAUUGUUAAAACAAGAUACAUUUACUUGAGAAGAAAAACUACAUAAGUUGUCUUGUUUUGAAAGAAAUAUAACAAAAUUUAGUAAUUAUUAUUAAAAUUUAGCUUAUUACAUGAAAAAACGAUUUGCCAUAACGAUAUAAAAAAGAAUCGCAAAUAAUUUAGUUUUUUCUUGUUGUAAGCAUAUACGUUACUGAAUAUUGUCAGAUUUCUCUGCAAACAGGACUUAAUAUUUUAUAUUAAUUUUGCUACUCAAGUAAUGUUUUCUUCGAUAUUUCUUUUUACCUGAAAAUAAGACAAAAAGACUUAGUAAUUAUUAUUAUUAUAUAUAUAUUUUUUUUUUGGGCCGUUAUUGAAAAAAGACCAGUGUAACAUUCUGCCUUAGUGUUUCACAGAAAGAAAAUAAUACAGGUUUGGAGCAACAUGAAGGUGAGUAAACGAUGACCAUAAUUUAGUCAAAUUAUACCUUUAGAAAUAACUUUACUGGGAGGGAAAGCACAAUCCAUUCAUCAUAAACCUUAAUACUGUGGCUUUUUUAUGUGCAGUUUGCGUGUGUGGCUGAAUGUUUGUGAGUGGAAGUGUUGUGUUGGAGAGCGCCGGUUGUUGUUGAGGAAAGUACGGGGUCAGUGGGCAUUACCAAGAGUGAACGACUGAUUUACUCUUUAACUUUCGGUUUGAAAUGGAGAUACUUCUCUCUCUUAUACGACUUUGUGUUUGAACCGCAUUUGUUGGAUGACACAUUCUACUAUGAGCUUAAAUUUUGUCUGUGGUUCACAUGUAUUUGAUACAUGGACAGAGAUGGUGAUCACGAUUUUGCAAGUUCCUGUAACAGCGUUCUUGUCAAACCAACCCUAACCAUACUUGUCAAAAGUACAGUCAUCUGCAACAACAGUGGGACAGCUUUUUAACUGUGUUGUUCAAGUAUCUUGUCAUUUGUUGACAAAUUAUGAGUACAUAUUCAUGCAUAAUCUUCGUCCACAGCACUAUAAUCAAUAUGAGCAAAAGUCUAUUUGUCUGCCUCACAUAUGUUAUCAAUAAUCCUAAAUUCAUCCCAUCUGAAAACGUUAGUGCACGUGCAAAAAACACGCCCAUCUCCUCUUCAAAAAUGCCCAGACAUCCCUUGACCUACAUCUAAAGGUCUUGAACCUGAUCAUUAUCCAAUGAUACGUUUAACUUCUUUUCAUUUAUUUUGUAGGGUUUUCUUUUUGUUUCAGGGUUUUUAUAAUAAUCUAUCAAAUAUAUGGAACUUAUUCUAAAGCGGGUGUUGCAUGAAUGUAUGUUUACAUGGGGUAAUUAUAUCAAAAUGAAUUUUAAAAAUGUUAAGAUUAUUAUGAAUGCUGAUUGCAGAGUAACAGACUCGUUUAUCAAUAGAGGAUUUUUCCUUCUAGUCCCCAACCCUCAAUGGCCCUGUAGUGAGCGCCCUGAUGUACUGCGGUGGCACUGAAUGGGAAAGGAUCUAAACUCAAUUUAUGUCCUGUUUCAGUCUGUCUGUGGUCUGGCAGUCUUAAUACUGCUGCUCGAUCGCUCGUGUCUAUCAGAAGAGCUGCGGUGCUGCCUUUUAUUCUGAACCCUGAACUAAGAGUACCGAAGAUCUGAGCACAUUAUUUCUCCGCCUCUGACGGCCCUUGCUCCGCCCCUUUUUCUUCCUUGAGUCUGUCUCCCACACUGAUUACAUUUUAGAUAUGUGUAUUAUUUUAAACUUCCUUCAUGUGCACUUAAAAUGAAAAUUAUAUUUUGGAGAAAAAAGGAAAUGAGUGACGCUGAAUGAAAACAUUUUUGCUUUAUCCAUGUACUUUGUUCAUUGUUUUUCAUUGGCAUCGGAUGCUGUAAUGCUAGAAGACUUUAAAAAGUAAAGUGUAAACUCCUGUAUCAUUUAUGAAAUGUGUAUAAAAGAGAAAUGUAAUUCAAUUAUCAAUAAAUAAUUAU